UUACAACUCCUCGGCGCGCCGCUCGGGGAGGAGGCUGCGGCGGCGGAGGGAGGCGGGGAGGGGAUCCCCGAGCCAGCCCCGUGCUCGCCCUCCGCCUACCGGCUGCGCAGCGCGCGGCCAAGGUCAGAGGCGCCGCAGGAGCAGCCGCGGAGAACCAGAGGAGCGGGUCCAUCGCGGCCGCAGGAAGAGCGCCCAGGGCGCAUUUGGCCGCACCGGCGGCCGCCAAGAAGGGAGGCGUACGGGGGUCUCAGGGCCGGCGAGGCCCCGCUGGGGUAGUCACUGGCAUCGCGACCCGGCAGGUGGCGGCCCCUCUUCGGUCCUUGUGCGCCUUGAACUCGGGCUCCACUAGAGGCUCCCGGGCGCUGUCCGCCGACUGAUGGUGCUGAACCCAGCCUCGCUGUCAAGCGGCCUGCUCUCCCGCCUUCUCCCCUACGGAUCGCCCCUUUUGGGGGCGGGGCAGCGGCCAAAGGGGGGGCCCUGGGACUGGAGCGGAGGGCUUGGAGGAGGCGAGGCAGCGAGCAGCAGCCGGGCGCGGGUCCUGAUGUGGAGAGGACGCGCGCGCUGCGGCCGCUGGCGGCGCCGGUGCUGAUUCAUCACCUCGAGCCUCGCAGGCCCCCGCGAGGGCAGCGGGCGGCGCGCUCCGGACUCGGGCCGCAGGUGGAGGCCGCUGGGGCCGGAGCCUCGCGGGCUGGAGGUGAGGACCCUUCCCUUCUCCUGCUCCCCGUCGUCGUAGGGCGGCGGCCUCGGGACAGAGAGGGGCGUGCCCCGAGCUGCGCGGCAGACAUGCCGGUGUGGUGCCCCCGCCUCCAGUCUCCCCGGUGCUGACCGCGUUCGCGGCCCCCUGCGCCCGUCUCCCGAGCUGGAGCCAUCCACCCGGGACCCGAGCCGCGCGUGCCACCCGAGCCGCGAUGGAGGAGGAGCUGAAGUGCCCCGUGUGCGGCUCCCUGUUCCGGGAGCCCAUCAUCUUGCCCUGUUCCCACAACGUCUGCCUGCCCUGCGCUCGCACCAUCGCGGUGCAGACCCCGGACGGAGAGCAGCACCUGCCGCAGCCGCUCCUGCACUCGCGGGGCUCCGGGCUGCCCGCGGGCGCCGCCGCCUCGCCUUCCCCGGACCCUGAGGCCGCGCCCGGCCCGGCCUGCGGCGGCGGCGGCAGCGGAGGCGCAGCCGGCGGCCCGGGCGGUGGCGGUGGCGGCGGGGACCACGCGGACAAGCUGAGCCUGUACAGCGAGACGGACAGCGGGUACGGCUCGUACACCCCGAGCCUCAAGUCGCCCAACGGGGUGCGGGUGCUGCCCAUGGUGCCCGCGCCGCCCGGCUCCUCGGCCGCCGCCGCGCGGGGCGCCGCCUGCUCCUCGCUGGCCUCGUCCUCCAGCGCCAUCACCUGCCCGCAGUGCCACCGCAGCGCCUCCCUGGACCACCGCGGCCUGCGCGGCUUCCGGCGCAACCGGCUGCUGGAGGCCAUCGUGCAGCGGCACCAGCAGGCCCGCGGGGCGCAGGCGGCGGCGGCCCCGGCCCUGGCCACCUGCCAGCUGUGCGACCGCACCCCGCCCGCGCCGGCCGCCGCGCUCUGCGAGCAGUGCGACGUGCUCUACUGCGCCGCCUGCCAGCUCAAGUGCCACCCGUCCCGGGGGCCCUUCGCCAAGCACCGCCUGGUGCAGCCGCCGCCGCCGCCGCCCGCCGAGGCCUCUUCUUCGGCGUCCCCGGCCCCGGGCGCGGCCCCGGGCGCCCCCAGCGCGGGCGGCGGCUGCAGGAGUCCGGGAGGCGCCUCGUCCGGAGCCGGAGCGACCGGGGGCGGCGCGGCCCGCAAGUUCCCCACGUGCCCGGAGCACGAGCUGGAGAACUACAGCAUGUACUGCGCGGGCUGCCGCACCCCCGUGUGCUACCUGUGCCUGGAGGAGGGCCGGCACGGCCAGCACGAGGUGAAGCCGCUGGGCGCCAUGUGGAAGCAGCACAAGGCCCAGCUGUCCCAGGCCUUGAAUGGCGUUUCCGACAAGGCGAAGGAGGCGAAGGAGUUCUUGGUGCAGCUGAAGAACAUUCUGCAGCAGAUCCAGGAGAACGGGCUGGACUAUGAAGCCUGCCUGGUCGCUCAGUGUGACGCGCUGGUCGAGGCUCUGACUCGGCAGAAGGCCAAGCUGCUCACCAAGGUCACGAAAGAGAGGGAGCACAAGCUGAAGAUGGUCUGGGACCAGAUCAACCACUGCACCCUGAAGCUGCGCCAGUCCACGGGGCUGAUGGAGUACUGCCUGGAGGUGAUCAAGGAGAACGACCCCGCCGGCUUCCUCCAGAUCUCGGACGCCCUGAUCAAGCGAGUCCAGGUGUCUCAGGAGCAGUGGGUCAAAGGCGCCCUGGAGCCCAAGGUGUCCGCGGAGUUUGACCUGACCCUGGACAGCGAGCCGCUGCUGCAGGCCAUCCACCAGCUGGACUUCAUCCAGAUGAAAUGUAGGGUGCCGCCCGGCCCCCUGCUGCAGCUGGAGAAGUGCUGCACCCGCAACAACAGCGUCACGCUGGCCUGGAGGCUGCCGCCCUUCACCCACAGCCCCGUGGACGGCUACAUCCUGGAGCUGGACGACGGCGACGGGGGGCAGUUCCGGGAGGUGUACGUGGGCAAGGAGACCCUGUGCACCAUCGACGGCCUCCAUUUCAACAGCACCUACAACGCCAGGGUCAAGGCCUUCAGCUCCUCCGGCGUCGGGCCUUACAGCAAGACCGUGGUCCUGCAGACGUCGGACGUGGCCUGGUUCACCUUUGACCCCAACUCUGGGCACCGGGACAUCAUUUUGUCCAACGACAACCAGACGGCCACCUGCAGCAGCUACGACGACCGGGUGGUGCUGGGCACGGCGGCCUUCUCCAAGGGCGUGCACUACUGGGAGCUGCACGUGGACCGGUACGACAACCACCCGGACCCCGCCUUCGGGGUGGCCCGGGCCAGCGUGGUCAAGGACAUGAUGCUGGGCAAGGACGACAAGGCCUGGGCCAUGUAUGUGGACAACAACCGCAGCUGGUUCAUGCACUGCAACUCCCACACCAACAGGACGGAAGGCGGCGUGUGCAAGGGGGCCACCGUGGGUGUGCUGCUGGACCUGACCCAGCACACCCUGACCUUCUUCAUCAACGGCCAGCAGCAGGGCCCCACGGCCUUCAGCCACGUGGACGGGGUCUUCAUGCCGGCCCUCAGCCUCAACCGCAACGUGCAGGUCACCCUGCACACAGGACUGGACGUGCCAACCCACCUGGGGCGGCCCAAGCUGGCCGGCAACUAGCCCCCCCACUCCCGCCCCACAAGGGCGUCUGGGAGGAGCCCGCCACCCCUCGCUGAGAUCAACAACCACGAGGGCCGAUGGAUGACACGUCACGGUGCCCCCCGAGGCCCCUGAGUAUCUUAGAGACGUGUUUGCUUUGGGGGACGGAGGAG